GCCAGAGGGUGUCCCCGGGUGCAGGUAGAGUCGGCCGGGCUCGCCACAUCCGGGGCUCGGCGGGCUGGCGCCGUUGCCAUGGAAGCGGGGUCGCGGCGGGCGCGCGGGUCGGCGGAGAGGCUGCGGGCAGCCGGGUGGCCUGCGGAGCCCCAGAAUCGGACGGCCGCGCCCCCCGCACCCGGGGGCGAUCGGGCAGCGCCGCCGCCAUGUCGCUGGGCACCGCGGAGCCGGCCUCGGAGACGGUCUCCCCACAAACGUGUGUUCAGAGCCAGAUCACAGAUUCCAGGUGCCCUCAGCUGGGUCUGAGCGACUGAGACGAAAGCAAAAAGGAAAAGUUUCCACAAACCUCCACCCACAUCCCUGAAGUCACCUUAUCACUCUAAACCGAGGAAGGUGGCCUCCUGGAGAUCUCUGAGGACCGUGGCGAGCAUGCCUCUCGGGGGCCGGAUGUCCUUAACCCCCCAGAAGCUGUGUCUGGGAAGCUCCAAGCAAGGCAGUCUGACCCCAGCCCUGACUUCAGACCUCACCUUGGAGCGUGCCUGGACCCACCCCCCCAGCAGCGCCCCCGACUUUGUGACCGAAGCCUUGAGAAUGAAGAGGUCAAACCUCAGGCGUUCUGCCAGCCACGGUUACGUUCCGGGGACCCUCAUCUACCGAGAGAAGGAGGACAUGUAUGACGAGAUCAUUGAGCUGAAGAAGUCGUUAAACAUGCAAAAGAGUGAUGUGGAUCUGAUGAGAACGAAGCUCCGGCGCCUCGAAGAGGAAAACAGCAGAAAGGACCGGCAGAUUGAGCAGCUUCUGGACGCGUCCCGAGGCCCAGAUUUUGUUCGGACUCUGGCAGACAAAAGGCCUGAUACUGGCUGGGUGAUCAACGGGCUGAAGCAGAGGGUCCUCAAGCUGGAGCAGCGGUGCAAGGAGAAGGACAACAUGAUCAACAAACUGCAGACUGACGUGAAGACCACAAGUCUGGAGGAGAUGCGGAUCGCCAUGGAGACGUACUACGAGGAGAUUCACCGUCUCCAUGGUCUCCUCGCAAGCUCCGAGACAACAGGGAAGAGGCCUCCGGUGGAGAAGAAAGUGGGCCUUAAAAGGCAGAAGAAAAUGGGCAGUGCCCUGCUGAGCUUGUCCCGGAGCGUCCAGGAGCUCAUGGAGGAGAACCAGAGCCUGAAGGAAGACCUGGACCGCGUGCUCAGCAACUCCCCCACCACCUCCAAGAUCAUAGCAGGCUACUCGGACUGGAGCAAGCCCCGGCUGGUCCGGCGGAUCGCAGAGCUGGAGAAAAAACUCAGUUCGAUGGAAAGCGCCAAGCCCCAGGCUUCAGAGGGGGUGAGGUCGGCCUCCCUGACCCCCUCGGCGUCCAGCCCCACGGUGCACCUGCAGGAGAGCGAGCGUCUGCGUGGAGCGGUGCAGAGCCUGACGGGCGAGCGGGCCGCCCUGCACAGCCAGCUGCAGGAGAGAGAUUUGGAGGUGAAGCAGCUGCUGCAGACGAAGGCUGAGCUGGAGCAGGAGCUGGAAAGCGUGAAGGAGGGAGAGAGGGAGAGAAGAGAGAGAGAGAAGGUGUUGAGAGAGGAGCUUCAAGUGCUGACCAGGAAGUUUCGGGAACUGGAAGGAAGUAAGAAGGAAGAGGAAGAUGAGGCCGUGGCGGUGGCGCCCGAGACCCGGGAAGAGCCCCAGCCUCCCAGCCCCACUGCCAGCCCCUCCCAGCCGGACGCUGAGCCGGACAAGAGCCAGGGGGGCUCCUCCCGGCCCCCCUCCACCUGCCCAGAGGGGAGGAGAGACGCGGCCGCCAGGGUCCUGCAGCGCAGGUGGAGGGGCUGCCAGCACCAGAGUCAUUUGCAAAAAGAAAGGGCUCUUCUGGAUGAAGCGGCUACCGUGCUGCAGGCGGCUUUCCGGGGGCAUCUAGCUCGGGCGAGGCUGUUGUCCAGCAGAGCGUGUGUCUCGGAACCCCCCAGGGUGCCGAGCCCGCCCACCCAGGACUCGCCCAAGCCCCGCGUCCCAAGCCCUGCUGUCCAGGCCGAGGGAGACUCAUGGCAGGAGGAGGCCGUCACCAUCAUCCAGUCUGCCUUCCGGGCACACCUGGCCCGAGCCAGGUACAGCGCCCCCGGUCCCGGACCCACCACUGCCACGGUUCCCGAAAGGCCAGCCCGGCCACCCCCCAGGGCCCCCUCCUCUCCACCCUGCCCUGCGGCCGCUCCCGGGCAGGGAGACAGCGAGGGGAGCAGCAGGGAGACCGCCAAGGGGCCAGCUCCAGAGAACAGAGUGCCGAGGCCGCCACCCUGCUCCGCGGAGCCCCCCAUCUCUGGGCUGCAGCCCACGGCGCCCGCACCCGCAGAGGACGUGAACUCCGACGACUCCGACGAGAUCGUGCUAGCGCCGUCUCUGCCCACGAGGAAGAGCGCCUCCCCGCGCUAGGCCCCGGGCUCGCCUGCACGCCGCGACGCCGGUCAGGGCGGCUGCGCUGAGGACAGGCCCCGAGAUUGGAGUAGUGUGUCUUGUCAGGAAAGAACGCUGCCUGCUGGACGCCUCGGCCUGCCCUGCCUCUCCGCGUGCCCCUUGCUUGUUCGUUGAAGGAACCCGAGGCCUUUCCUUUCCUUUCCCUUUGUGAAGGGGUCGCCCCGUUCCGACGCCGGGCUGCCCCGCUGCGUGGUCCUCAGAGCCCGCAGACUUACUCCCGGGACUGGAGGGCCGCGGGGAGCCGGCAGAGAUGGCCCGCACGGCCGCUUUGGGCCCCGGUAGCCGAGACCCGGACGGCACCAACGGCGCGACUCCCUCACCCUCGGGGCCGCCCCACCAGCGGGUCAAGCUGGACGCGCCUGCUGUGCCUUUUGGAAGAGCGAGUGAGCAGGAGACAGGCCUACGGUCGGGGAAAGUCUCCAUUCCUGAGACAGAACGCAGUUUCAGAGGCGCUGGCGACAUCAGGGCCCCCAGAUGGCUCGUGUGCCUCGCACUCCGACACAGGCCUUUCUUCUGCCACCUUCCCUACCCCUUGGGAAACUGACCCCAGUCAGGGGUUGGGGGGUGGAUUGGUCACCGGGUGGAUUAAGCCUUAAAAAAAUACCGAAUUACAGUCACAGAAGCAGCAUCAAGGCCGCUUCUGAAGCACACAGCUGGUGCAGGGGGCUUGCUGUCCCCAAGCCCAGCGGCAGGGGCUGUGUUCUCUGUGGGGCUGCCCCGCGCCCCGCCACAUGCAGACCCCACCCCGACGGGCCGUGGCCCGGACUGAGGGCCUUUCAGGAGCUUGGGUCUGCUUCCCGUCUGGGAGAUCAUCCCUGGCUGAUGGGCCCCCCUACGCCCAGCGCUGCUUCCCAGCCGUCCCCGCAAGUCCACGCCCUCUCCCGGGGCGGGCCGCACAGCUCAGGGAGGGCUGAUGGCACAAAGCCGGCUCUCAGCUGCACCCAGGGGCCUGCCCACGGGGCACAGUCUAGUCCCCGGUGACCCCCAGCGCACCCCCCACCCCCCGACAGCUCCAGGUAUUGAACCUCGGGGGCUCGGCUCAGACGCGUCCCCCUCUCAGGAAACCCUUGGGCCCUCCUCACAGUGGUCAGAAGCUUCUGGCUCCAGCACCGACGAGGUGUGUGGCCCAAUGAACUCUGUGUGGUUGUGGCUCAUGUGCAGGGUGACCUCCCGACCCAGCCCCAUCCACCCUGAGUCACUCGGGGGACCGCUGGCCCCCUUGACCACUUAGGUGCUGUUCAUACAGUCGCUUGGAGAAAACUCCAGCUGGGAACCAGGCUUGAGUUAUUUUUUUCUUUAUUUGACCUGGGAGCCGCCAAUCCGCUGUUUUCCUUCUGUUUCCCCCAUCGGACUGAUUGCUCAUGCAGGGAUUAUGGCUGACCUCUGCCCUGUUUCGUCCACUGGGUCCACUCCUCCUCUGGGUGCCGGCUCAGCUGAGGCCUGUAGGAGGCGCCCAGAGGUGGUGGGGGCAGUGCCCGCGGGCCUGCCCAUCCCCAGGGGUCCUGCUCCCCAGCGCCCACUCAAAACCGGGCGUUUCAGCUUCAGUCCUUACUCUUAGGAGUGCAAGGCUCUGAGCCCUUCAGCAGAGAGAUCACCUUCAGGACGCCCCGGGGCCUGGAGACAAGGCCAUGUGCAGCGGGGCCAGCCAUCAGCAGAGCUGGGUGAAGUCAGCCCCCAAACCUGAGUUUUCCAAGAAAAUGCCCCUGAGGACUGUAAACAUGUAGAUCUGUCUGCCUGUGCUCCUUGAGUCCGGCAAUGUUGAUGUAGGAAAAGUAUAGUCUUGAAGCCACGUCAGUAAACGGCUGACCGCAAGGUGGUGGCCCUCUGACACCGCACGGAUCUGUCCCCCUGGGAAUGCAAGCCCCCUGGCGGGCUUGCAGGGCCCGGGGCUCAGGCUGAGGUUCUAGGGCCUGAGGAGCAGCACAGGAGCAGGGCCUGAGCUAGAGGGCCGCCCCCCGCGGUGCCCGCCUGCCUGGCGCUGCCCCAGCAGGCCGCCCCGCAGACAGAUCGGAGCGCUGGUCCCAGCAUGAAGACCAAGUGCGUUGGGAGAGGGAUAGCAGCACAGACAGACCAGAGCCAGCGCUGCAGAGCUCGCCUUCGUUCUUGAGAAGCAAAUACCCUCUGGGAAAGCCACAUUCACUCUCAAGGUCUGAAUAUUUAAAUUCCGCGAGAACCCACCUAAACCAGUUCAAUCCCUCCUGUGGUCUGGGAAGCAGUGUUCCCUCUCAGAAGUUCUGAGGACCAGAGGGUGGGCGUACACACCCGCCCAGGGUCAGCCGGCUGCUGCUCCAGAACUCAGGGGGGGGGCGGGGGGGGCCUCCCCGAGCUCCCAGGGGUCUGUCAGCAGCUGAUAGAGCCAGGCAAGCCUCCUUCAGGGCCCGAGGUCUCACGGCGUCGGGGAGUCGCAGGGUGACGCCAGCAGGUGGCUUCCAUGGGAGGGGUGCCGUCAUUUGUGUGUAGGAGUUUCCCGGCCUUACGCGUAACUUAUCCGUGAACCCUUUGGAAGGGAUCAGGUUUCUCUCCGCGCUGUGUCGGCUUCUGUAAAUAAAAGUUGUUUGGCGGGUCUCUGUCUGGACUGCCCGCAGA